AUGGAAAAGUCUGCAUCACAAGGUCCAAAAAGGAGUCUUUCCUCCGGAUCAACGUUAAUGGGCAGCUCUACAGAUGAUAAUUUGUCAAGUAACGUUGAAGACUAUGACAUAAACAAAGACAAUCCCAUAGGUUAUGGUGCAUCUGCCAGAGUAUAUAGUGCCAUAUAUAAACCUUUGAGUAAAAAAGUUGCAGUCAAAAUGAUUAAUUUGGAUUUUUUUGAGCGAAAUCAGAUCGAUGAAAGAGAAACGCAGUUGAUGUCGCUAUCUAAACAUCCUAAUGUAUUGCGUGUUUAUGGCUCGUUUGUGAAUGAGUCUAUUUUAUAUAUCGUAACUCCAUAUAUGUCGGCUGGUUCUUGCUCGGAUAUUAUGAAGACUUCAUAUCCCGAUGGCUUUGAGGAAGCAGUUAUCGCUACUAUAUUGAAGCAGGCACUUCAAGGAUUAGAUUAUCUACAUAAAGCUGGUCAUAUUCACAGAGACGUUAAAGCUGGGAAUUUGCUUGUAGAUGAAGACGGAACUGUUUCGCUUGCUGAUUUUGGUGUGUCAUCCUCUCUUACGGAGAACGGCGAUCGAAGGGGAUUUCGGAGAACUUUCGUCGGCACACCUUGUUGGAUGGCGCCGGAAGUGAUGAAACAUGCCGAUUAUGACUACAAAGCCGAUAUUUGGUCUUUUGGGAUAACUUCGAUCGAGUUGGCAACUGGAAAUGCACCAUUUGCCAAAUACUCUCCAAUCAAGGUCAUUAUGGUGACUCUUUCAAAUGAUCCGCCGACUUUGGAUAGAGAUGCCACUAAACAUAAAUAUUCUAGAGCUUUCAAAGAGAUGAUUGAUCAGAGCUUGCAGAAAGAACCAACGAAACGGCUAAGUGCUGAAAAAUUACUAAAUCAUCCAUUUUUCAAAAUAGCCAAAAAAAAGGAAUAUUUGGUAACAAAAAUAUUGCAGAACUUGCCACCAUUGGAAGAAAGACCACAUAAAAGAGUUCAGCAAAAACCAAUAACUUAUACCAAGGGAGGAGAUACAUGGGAUUUUCAAGAGUUGGAUGAGAUAACAUCCAAUCAGGAAGUCAGAAGUGUUACGUUUAACGUUUCUUCUGAUGCCAGUGAACUUCCAACCUCGAAGGAGGACUCAAGUACAGCGACAAAUGUGGUACCAAAAAAAUCACGAUUUCUGCUUGUAGACCAGUCCACCAGCCCUGAUUCGGGUACACUACUACCACCAUCUGUAUCCAGCACACCAUCUGAUUCAUCUGUUACUCAAUUUUCAUUUUAUCCUUCGUCUUCGAGCGGACUUCAACAACAUUUGACUAAUGAAGAACAAGCAGUUAAAAAAGGAAGAUUCAGUGUAACAGAAAGGACUGCUUCAGGCGGUUCACAACCCGAACACGAAAGUCAACGUCAUUCUUUAGAAAAAGUGCAAUCCAACGAAAAUCUCACAGAUAAAAAGAGUCGAUUUGAAGUCCAGCAAACAACUACACAUUCUUUAGAUGUGAAUGAUUCCACAUUGAACAAGGAAGAUGGUGGAUAUGCGGAUACAACUACUACCGAGAAGCCUACGAGCACUGAGAAAUCUACGAGCACUAAGAAAGGAAGAUUUCAAGUGCAAACAAAGAUUAAUAGUUCUACGUCAUCAUCAG